CUGGACUGUAAAAAGAGCACCAGCUGGGGGACUUAGGGGCUUCUCUGGUUCUGGCCUCUUUUGAGCUUUAAAGCCCUUCUUCCUCUUCUCACCUGUUCAUCUCCUUCUUUACUCUCAUCUGCUAUUCCAUUCAUCCAUUCCCCUCCCUUUUAUGAAACCAGCAUCUACUUUUCUCUAGCACCUGAAGCUCCUUUAGAAAAGAAGCAACUUGCAUUUCGGCUCUGCAAAGUGGCACCUACAUUAGAUUUGGAGCGGAAUGUGAGCAGUUGGGGUGGCUGCGAGGAGGUAGCAGCAGCCAUGGCGCAGAAUGUAUGGGAGGCAGACAAGAUGUUGGAUUCGUACAUUUAUGAUUACCUCUUGAAGAGGAACUUGCAGAACACGGCCAAGGCAUUCCAAGCCGAAGGGAAUGUUCCUUCAGCUCCUGUUUCGAUUGAUGCCCCUGGGGGCUUUCUCUUUGAGUGGUGGUCAGUUUUCUGGGACAUCUUCAUUGCAAGGACGAACGAGAAGCAUUCUGAGGUUGCGGCUUCUUACCUCGAGUCGAUUAAAGUGCGAGAGCAGGAGCAACCAUCGCAGCAGCAGAUCCAGAUGCAUCAACUCCUGCUACAGAGGCAUGCGCAUCAUCAUCAUCAUCAUCAUCAACAACAGCAACAGCAACAGCAGCAGCAGCAGCAAGAACAGCAACAUUCGCAGCAGCAACUGCACCAGCAGAAGCAACCGCAGCAUGACGAGGAAAACAGUCAUUUUCCCACAAGUGCCCAGAAUAGUUUGGUUGCUGCAGAUCUCCCAGUGCGACAAAAUGCUGCAACUGUAAGUUCUUUAUCUGCAAAGAUGUAUGAGGAUAGGAUGAAGAUUCCUGCUCAGAGGGACGUUUCGGAUGAGACAUCAAAGAAACAAAGGUUUACUGAAAACAUUGGGCAGUUUCUGGAAUCAAACCCAACUUCAAUGUUGAAGUCAGCUGCAAUAUCAGCUCAGGCUUCGGGGCAAAUCUUCCAUGGAACAGCUGGUGGCGUGUCAGGUACCUUGCAGCAAGCUCAGGUCAGGAACCAACGGCUUCAGGGAUCAACACAGGAUACCAAGGCAGAAACAAAUGCAGCUCUAAAUCUGAGAGCUUCAGUAUUGGAUGGAACAUUAAUUGGAUUACCAGGCUCUAAUCAAGCUGGGAACAAUUUGACCUUGAAAGGGUGGCCUCUUGCGGGUGUGGAGCACCUUCGAUCUGGUUUUCUCCAACACAAAUCUUUUAUGCAGUCUCCCCAACCAUUACACCAUCUUCAGUUUCUCACUCCGCAUCAGCAGCAACUUCUGCUUCAAGCACAACAGAAUACAACAUCUUCACCUGGACAGAUGGAUAGCAGAAGACUUCGGAUGCUUUUAAGCGGUCGAAACCUGGUUACUGGGAGGGAUGGUCAAUCAAAUGCACUCACUGAAAUUGGGUCGUCAUUGCAAAACAUCUGUUCACCUUUUCAGCGCUCGGAGGCAGAUAUGCUGAUGAGGCAGAUAACAGCUCAUCACCAACACCAGCAGAGCAGCAAUCAACAACAGCUCCUCCAGCAUCCAUUAUUGAAUCAGCAACCACAAAGCUCAAAUCACAAUACAGGCGAGCAGGAAAAAAUGGGGGAUGUUACUAUUGCUAUGUAUGGAAGCUUGUCUAACUCCUUCCGUGGAAAUGAACAGGCUUCUAAGAAUCGAAAUGGGCGAAAACGCAAACAACCUAUCUCAUCAUCUGGUCCGGCUGAUAGCUCUGGUACUGCAAAUACUGCUGGUCCUUCACCCAGUUCGUCGCCCUCGACUCCUUCCACACAUUCUCCAGGAGACACCAUAUCAAUGCCAUCACUGCAUGACAAUGCUAGCUUAUCUAAGGCUUUAAUUGUUUAUGGUACUGAUGCCCCAUUGUCAGCAGGAUCGCCAGUAAAUCGACUUGUUGACAUGGAUCAGUUUGUGGAAGAGAGCUGCCUGGAAGAUAAUGUAGAACCAUUCUUGUCACAUCAUGAUGAAGACCCAAGAGAUGUUGGAACUCAAUGUACGGAUACUAUUAAAGGAUUUAUCUUCCGAGAGAUCUCUUCUGCGCGAGCAAGCACAAACAGGGUUCUAUGCUGCCACUUCUCGUCAGACGGAAAGUUACUUGCCACUGGGGGUCAUGAUAAGAAGGUGGUCUUGUGGAAUUCUGAAACUUUGCAACAAAAAUCAAUACUGGAGGAGCAUUCCUUGCUGAUAACUGAUGUGCGCUUCAGCCCAAGCACUCAACGCCUUGCCACCUCAUCAUUUGACAAAACUGUUAGGGUUUGGGAUGUCGAUAAACAAGGUUAUUCAAUUCGUACAUUCAUGGGGCACUCAGCGUCUGUCAUGUCACUCGAUUUCCACCCAAACAAGGAUGACCUCAUUUGUUCUUGUGAUGGGGAUAGUGAGAUACGGUUCUGGAGCAUCAACCAUGGCAGCAUCGUCCGGAUUUUCAAGGGAGGUUCCACCCAGCUGAGAUUCCAACCACGUCUUGGAGGAUAUCUUGCAGCAGCUUCAGAUAAUGUGGUUUCUAUACUCGAUGUGGAUACACAAGCUUGCGUGAGGAGAUUUGAGGGCCACACAAAGAGUGUUGAUUCUUUGUGCUGGGAUCCCUCUGGUGAAUAUGUUGUAUCAGUCAGUGAAGACACAGUGAAGGUAUGGUCUUUGAAGGGGGGGAGCGAGGAGAGCUGCGUGCAUGAGCUUAACUGCAGUGGGAGAAAGUUCAGUUCAUGCGCUUUCCACCCUGCAUAUCCAUCUUUGCUUAUCAUUGGUUCCUACCAGUCUCUAGAGCUGUGGGACUUGUCAGGGAACAGGACAAUGACCGUCGCAGCGCAUGACAGCCUUAUCUCGGCUGUGGCCUCAUCGAGCACCGGCCUGGUUGCUUCCACAGGCCAUGACAAGUAUAUCAAGCUGUGGAGAUGAACCCAGCGCGCUCUAAUAUGUGGACGGACCCUUUUUGUCGCACCAUUAGCUGCCAACUGCUCAGCUGUGCUGAUGGCGUACCGCACUGGAUGCUGAUUACCGAACUGCCUAACUGAAGAUAUGGCUGUGGAAGCACAUUUUUUCUGGUAACCCUGGAAAAAUGGUUUAGCACUAGCUUUUGUAUAGAACUAUAGAACAGGAAGUAUAUCUUAUAUUUGUAGUGUAUUUCAGGUUGAUACUUGCAUCCUGAUCUCUGAGAUGGUUAUGAUCUGAAAGCUUUACU